AUUUGAUUCUUUUAAUUCCGGUGUUUAAACGUUUACCCUUGUUUUACAAUUAAAUAUUCAAUUUCAUUGAUAAGCUUUGGUAAUUCAUGGGAGGGACAUUUUGUUACUUGUAAUAUUAAAUAUCAUUCGUAAAAAGACACUUCCUUUUCAGUUUCAUUUCGAAAGUCGUCUUCAAAGCAUCAGUGAAAAGUGAAUCAAAAAUACAUUUUUUUUCUGUUUAAAAAUAAAAAGAAGAAAAAAAUGGAGUUAUUAGCAAUUUUGUUAGUAAUAAUUUUCAAAUUUUUUGUUCUGUUGACAAUUUAUAUGUCGAGAAAUUUUUGCUAUUGGACAAAAUUGGGAGUAAAACAAAUUACUCCUUUUCCAUUUUUUGGAAAUUUUGCCGAUUAUUUUUUCAAAAAUAAAUCGCCGAGUAAUAUUAUAAAAAAUUAUUACGAUCAACAUAAAAAAGAUCCGUAUGUGGGAAUUUACAUUGUCGACAAACCGACUCUAUUAAUAAUAGAUCUCAAUAUUAUCAAAUCUAUACUAGUGACAAAUUUUCUCGAUUUUUCCGAUAAAUUCAUGAAAUCAAGCUCAAAAGAUCCUUUGAGUAAUCGAAGUUUACCAUUUUUGGAGCACGCUAAAUGGAGCGUUUUAAGAAAAAAAUUAACCCCCGCUUUUUCGCCCUCCAAAUUGAAAACCGAUUUUAAUUACUUGAAGGAAGUGACGCAACAUUUGGAUAAAUAUUUAAAUUCCCUGAAUUUGGAAGUUGCAAAAACAAUAAAUGUUAAGGAAAUUUGUGGAAAAUACACGACAGAUUUAGUUGGUUUAAUUGGAUUUGGGUUGAAUUUAAAUAGUUUAAAUAAUCCCAACGCUGAAUUUCGUAAAUAUGGCAAAAUGAUGUUUGGCGAUUUUACAAAUAGACGGAAAGUAGAAUUGACCUCCAUUUAUUUAUCGCCAUCAUAUAUCAAAAAUAUAUUUGAUUAUCGUUUCUUCGAGAAGGAGAGUGGAGAAUUUUUCCGUAAGGAAUUUACGAAAAUUUUUCAAAUAAGAGAAGAAUCAAAAAUCGUGAGAAACGAUUUAUUGGAUAUUUUGAUAGAAAUAAAAAAGGAGGAUUCAACACUCGAAAUGAAUGACAUAAUUGCCCAGGCAAUUGUAUUAUUUACGGCUGGAUUCGAUACCACCUCUACGGUAAUGUCUUUUACUUUAUUUGAAUUGGCGUCGAAUUUGGAAAUUCAACAAAAAUUGAGAUCCGAAAUAAAUAAGUAUUUGGAGAAAACAAGUGGAGUUGUAACUUUUGAUAUGGUAACGACUUUACCAUUCUUAGAAAAAGUUGUUUUGGAAACUCUCCGAUUACAUCCCACAGUUCCAACAAUUGACAGAGUUGCAACAAAAGAUGUUGUAAUUCAAGAAACUGGCCUGCGCAUUAAAAAGGGAACACCAAUAAUAAUACCUAUUACAGGUAUUCAUUAUGACGAGCAUUAUUUUGAAAAUCCGGAAAUAUUUAAUCCGGACAAUUUUGACUCGAAAAAUUUGGCCUUCAUGCCUUUUGGAAUCGGUCCACGAAGUUGUAUCGCACUUCGUCAAGGUCUUAAUCAAGCUAAAUUUGGUAUUAUUUAUUUCGUAUCAAAUUACAUGAUCAGAUUAUCGGACAAAAGUUCGGUACAAGUGGAUCCAAAGGUAUAUUUUACAGCCGGCAAAGAAGGCUUAUAUCUUGAACUACAAAAAAUAUAAGUCAAAUCCAAGUUCAAUUUAAAUUAGCCAAAGCAAACAGUUUUAUAAACAUUCAUAUAAAGGAAAUAUUUUUAUAAUAAAUUCAAUAAGUCUUUCGAAUAAAUAAAAAAUUAUUCUCUAGAAUUGAUUUU